AUGUUUAACUCGGUCAACCUGGGCAACUUCUGCUCGCCGUCGCGCAAGGAAAGGGGCGCUGAUUUCGGCGAGCGAGGGAGCUGCGCCUCCAACCUCUAUCUGCCCAGUUGCACUUACUACGUGCCCGAGUUCUCCACGGUCUCCUCGUUCCUGCCCCAGGGCCCCUCUCGUCAGAUUUCCUAUCCCUACUCGGCCCAAGUGCCCCCGGUCCGGGAGGUCUCCUACGGCCUGGAGCCAUCCGGCAAGUGGCACCACCGGAACAGCUACUCCUCCUGCUAUGCGGCGGCCGACGAGCUUAUGCACCGAGAAUGCCUGCCUCCUUCCACCGUCACUGAGAUCCUCAUGAAAAACGAAGGCUCCUACGGCGGCCACCACCACCCCAGCGCCCCGCACGCAGCCCCCGCCGGCUUCUACUCCUCAGUCAACAAGAACAGCGUCCUGCCUCAAGCUUUCGACCGCUUCUUCGACAACGCCUACUGCGGUGGCGGCGACGCACCCGCCGAGCCCCCCUGCUCCGGCAAGGGCGAGGCCAAGGGGGAGCCCGAGGCGCCCCCGGCCUCGGGACUGGCGUCCCGGGCCGAGGCGGGUGCCGAAGCCGAGGAGGAGAACACGAAUCCCAGCUCGUCCGGUUCAGCCCACUCGGCCGCCAAGGAGCCGGUCAAGGGAGCCGCCCCCAACGCCCCCCGCACCCGCAAGAAGCGCUGUCCUUAUUCGAAAUUCCAGAUCCGGGAACUGGAGCGAGAAUUUUUCUUCAACGUGUAUAUCAACAAAGAGAAGCGGCUGCAGCUGUCCCGGAUGCUGAACCUGACGGACCGACAAGUGAAAAUUUGGUUUCAGAACAGAAGGAUGAAAGAAAAAAAACUGAGCAGAGACCGGCUGCAGUAUUUCUCGGGAAAUCCUCUGCUGUAA